AAUCCCCCUCCCCAAGACCAUAAACUGAGGUGAUUCCCCUACGUUAUUGUGAUUCUUCGCCGCCCCCCGACGCAUAGAACUCGUCUCUAGUUCCCUUGUCCUGUGAUGCUACAGACCUCAUUCUCACUUCCUUUUCCAAGUAUUAUUCGCCAACUGGCUCCAUCCCACCACCCUUCAAAGUUCAAACCCCACUCCCCUCUUGGGUUAUAAGGAGCACCCCUGGCUCCUCCUUCCCCCACCACCCCAGGCCUCCAAAACUCCCUCUCCUUUUCCCCUUCUCUGCCACCUUCGUAGAGUUUAAACACUCUUCUCUUCUCUUCUCUUAUUUGAGAUCCCAACUGGUAUCGAAAAUGGCAUCAGGAUCGUUCUCGCGCAGCACGGGCUCCUCAUGGACCCCAAAGCAGAACAAGCUCUUCGAGCGAGCACUGGCGGUGUACGACAAGGACACACCGGACCGCUGGCAAAACGUUGCGCGAGCCGUCGGGGGGAAGUCCGCCGAGGAGGUGAAGCGACACUAUGAGCUGCUCGUUGAGGACCUCAAGCACAUCGAGUCAGGCCAGGUGCCAUUCCCCAACUACAAUAAUAACUCCUCUACCAUGGACGAGGAGCAGAGGCUGAGGUACCUCAAGCUCAACUGAAGCAGAGACAAGAGGGAAGCAUCCAAGGGUGUAUCAAGUAGUAAGGCCCUUGUUCUUCUCUGAUGAAAGCAGAUCGGAGCAAAGAACCAUAAUGCAUAUUUGCUGAUGGCUAGCUUCUCCUUUAGUUUUGUUUCUAACUUUCUAUCUAUGUUUCUUCUCUUCAAGUUCUCCAUCCUCAUGUGUAUACCGAAGCAAAGGCUGCUCGAUGUAUAGUUUGGGCUGGUCUUAAUAGAUGUCCCUAUUUCCUUAAAUGCAAGCGUGAUAUAAAUCUAUCUACCCUUCCAUGGCA